AGUAACAUCUGUGUUAGUUAAUCGUGUGUACAAGGAAGGUGUAACUAACUGGCAACAGCAAAGGAGCAUACCAAGCAAUGAACUACAUAUCCAGCUCCACCCUCUUCCUCCUCCUCCUAAUCUCCCAAAAUAUAUUAUUUUAUCAGAUUGCAGAUGCGGGAAAGCGGCGUGUUCACAUCACAAACGAUCUAGAUGACGUCGUUGACAAUGAAGAAGAUGAAGCCUGGAAAGAAUGGGGCAAAAAGAAAUCGUCGCCCGACGCCGAUUUGCCAGACAUUGAUUUCUCUCAACAAACUGAUUUUACAAAGAUGCAAACGGAAAUGAUGAAGUACCAAACCGGCCCGGCUUUUGGCUUUGUUAAGCUCCGGCUAGGUCAGCGGAGAAAACCGGAUAUGGUAUCUGAGAUUGCAUUGAAGUGGACCAAACUUUCAAAAACUGGGACUCUUGAUGUAAAGUUUAUGGGAGUUGAUUUGAGCACAAUUAUGUUCACAUUGGAGAAAGGUCAAGACUCUUUUGAGUUGAAAGAUUUCAUAUUGAACCAACCGGAUGCAUAUGAGGUUAAGAUAGGAGACCAGAUUUUUCGAAGACCUGGUGAUGCUCCGUUUGAUGUUGAAUUUCAAAAACAUCAUGGGGACGAAGACAAGGUAGACUAUACCAGAUCGGCCAAGAAUGACGAACAGCAGACAGAUGAGUUAUAGUUGCCUAAUAAUAGUUAUACCCCUAAGCAGACCAUCUUAUAUCAGGAAAAGCAAGGGAUGUUGAUUUGGCAAUGUGCAGACUAGUUUAGUGGUUUACUCAGCCGCAGCACCGUCUUUGCUGUCUAAUUGAUAGUACUUUCCGUUAUCUUCAAAUAAUGACUAAC